GAGAGACUGAGAUUUAUAAUCCUUUAUAUUCCUGAUGCACACAGGCGGAGAGAGGUCCUGGGUGUUGUUACUGGGAGCGUGUUGGGAAUCUCAUACUGGGAGUGAUGAAAAGUCAAAAGGCAUAUACUGAGCAGCUGAAGGAUGUCAAGGAGGUGUUCCAGCGAUUCACACUGAAACCAGUACAGGGGGUCCCGCUAAUGAAGCCCAUUGCUGAUAACUGGGAAAAGGUGGAGAGCUUCCGAGCCCAGCCCACCGACCUCCUGAUUGCAACCUACCCCAAAGCAGGCACCACCUGGAUCCAGGAGAUGGUGGAUCUCAUUCUAAACAAUGGAGAUGCAGAAAAAUGCAGACGUGCUCCGAUUGUUGAGAGAAUACCAUUCCUGGAGAUCUUCUCAUCCCCCACCAUCCCCUCAGGAGUGGAGUUGCUUGAGCAGAUACCUUCUCCGCGGGUUAUAAAGACACACCUCCCCUUCCAGCUCGUACCAAAGUCCUUCUGGGAGCAGCGCUGCAAGGUGAUUUAUGUCGCUCGCAAUGCGAAGGACAAUCUUGUCUCCUAUUUCCACUUCGACAGAAUGAACCUGACCCAGCCUGAACCCGGGCCCUGGAGUGGCUACAUCACCAAAUUCAUGAGGGGAGAGUUGUCGUGGGGUUCCUGGUAUGAUCACGUUAAGGGAUACUGGGAGGAGAGAGAGAAGAGAGGGAUACUCUACCUCUUCUACGAAGAAAUGAAGCAGAAUCCUCGACAGGAAGUUGUGCGGAUUAUGCGCUACCUGGGUCGGUCCCUUCCUGAUGACAUCAUUGACAAGAUAGUUGAGCUCACGUCCUUUAAAUCGAUGAAGAGCAACCCAAUGGCAAACUACACCUUCUUCCCUGACUAUAUCUUCGACCAUAAAGUGUCUCCAUUCAUGAGGAAAGGGGAGGUUGGAGACUGGCAGAACCAUUUCUCUGAAGAGGAGAGAGGGAUUUUCGAUGCUCACUAUGCAGAACAAAUGAGAGGAUCGGAGAUCCCAUUCAAAACAGUGAUCUGAGGGGAGCGUCUGCAAACUAAAGCCCCUCACUGAUACCAUCACCAGCACUGAGGGAGCAUCUGCAAAUUACAGCCCCUCACAGAUACCAUCACCAGCACUGAGGGAGCGUCUGCAAACUACAGCACCCCAUCGA